AUGGGCUUUAAUCCGCUCGAUUUGGCGGGCAGCGGCGCAGUUCUCCCUCCUCCUCUGCCGACCCGCUGGCAGCAUCAUGCCACACCCUCCUCCAAGUCGACCAUGAGCGCUAGCAGCCCGAACCCCAGCGCGCCCGCCGUAGCUGCUGCGCUAGCCACCGACUGCUUCGUCGUUCUCGCCCUCGACGCUCGCGGCAGCCCCUUCGUCUUGCCCUCCGACUCCUUCAACCGUGCCAGGCACCUGCUCGCCCACAGCUCCGCCUGGCACGACCUCAAGGCUCUGCUUGAGCCCGCCCCGCCCGCUCCCGUGAUUCACCAACCCGAGCCCGCCCAAGCCCCAACUGAGUGGGUCGACGAGCUUUCCACUGACGGCUCCGAUGAGAGCAGGCGUGCCAGCCUGGUCCCCGCCUUCGCCAAUCAGCCCGCGCGCAAACCAAAGCCCAAGCCAAAGCAAAAGAGCCCCAGACAGGAUGCCCCACGCCCCCGCAAACGUCAACGCUCCUCCUCGCGCAACCUCAGUGUCCGCGAGGAGGAAGACGACGAGCAGGAGGAUUGGUCCGUCAAUGCCGACGCCGAGCCCACCGAGACGCCUACCGACAGGUUCCCCAUCAGUGACCGCAACAAGGUAAUCGCCAACUUGGGUCUGCGCCUGGACCAGAUGCAGCAGCUGGCCUGCAAGGUCAUCCUGAAGGCUUGGAUCAAGGCCAUUGAGCCCAAGAAGCAGUCAAACUUCCCUUACGUCGGCAGUGAUGAUUCCAAGUCGCGGGACAAGACCAAGGCCGCCAAAAAUGCUCAGGCGAAGCGUGCUAAACCGAGAGAGGGCCCGGACAAGCCAGACUGGUGGCCGAGAGAGCCUCAGCCUUGGUGGGGGUUGCUCCCCAACCAGAAAUGCAAGGAACUCGAAAGGGUUCGCCACAAGGAACCAGACCAUCUCAAGAAAGAGGAUCGUCUCGUCUUGGGUGUCCAUAUACUCUUGUACCAAGCGGAAAAAGAAGGGGGUAUUGAACUCCUGGUUCAUUCGACCAAGGAUUGUGUCCUUCGAUUUGAUCAGGACAAUGAAAACGGCGAUGAACGCAGGGACAAGCGCGACAUGUUCUUGCAGGACAUCUAUGACCUGGCUCAGAACUGGUCUGACUACGUGACGGGUGGAUUGGACGCCGAUGCCAUGCAUGUCAUGAGGCAAUAUCCGAAGCAGGCGCUUUCCACAAAGAAACGUCGUCAAAACUUCAACCCAAAGCGCGCUCGGCAGGAGUCUUCCGUCGAAUCGCAAGAGGUUCAGCAAGCGGCUUUGACCGUGCAUGGCAAUGAGCUGGACGACCUUAGCAUGUCGACUAGGCAACUUGAACUUCAGAACAGUUCAUCAUGGGGUCUUUCAAAUGGAAUACCGGAGCCACCUCCGGUAAACGAAUAUUUCCAAGGAGACAGCGCCGCCUUCCAGUUUAGCCAAAUACGGAAUCUGUCGGGCACAGGCGAUCUGCAACAUGCGUAUCAGCAGAAUCCAAUGAUGCCGCCACAGGUCUACGAAGACGUAUCGAGAUACGCUUACGACACGAAGAACCCGGCCAAUUUCCCCGACAAUCCUGCAUACGCAAUGAGCCGGGAGCCAAGUUACGUUAGCCAACCGUCGAGCUACAACACUGAUUGGCGAGCGGUCCAGUCUAAUCCUUCAUUUUCGCCAGCGUCCACUACCUCGUUGGCGCAAAGUUCAAACACGUCCUACACAUCGCCUUCAACGACCUUCCCUGGUCGGGUCGAUUAUUCAUUUGGCUCUGUAAACCAACUGUCCCCCUCUCAUGCUUACCAGAGCCCAGGGGGUCAGGUGGGCGGGCUUUCUGCCACCUCGCCUUGCAUGCCUCAGAUCGCAUCAACGGCCAAUGUCCAGCCGAUGAUGCAAGGCAUGCGGGGCCAGGCUUCAUAUGAUGAACAGUACUCGAACCAGGCUUUCCGAACCGGAUCUUUGGGCCAUCCGCACAUAGCCUACAACAUGAACAACCAGCAGUACGGUUAA